AUGGAUAAGCGUCGCAUCCGAUUUGAUAUGCAUGCUCUUGCUUCAGUAGCAGCGGGCGCAACAAGCGCAACAAAGUGCGUUGGGAUCCAAAGAUGCCCUGAUGGGCUUUAUAACAAGGCAUUCGUCCUCUCAAUGGAUAAUGGCAAGGAAGUUGUCGCAAAACUACCCAACCCAAAUGCCGGAGUACCUUACUAUACCACUGCCAGUGAAGUUGCAACUAUGGAAUUUGCGCGGAAAUCUCUUCAGACUCCUGCUCCACGAGUGUAUGCAUGGAAUGCAUCCACAGACACAAAAAAUAACCCAGUCGGAGCCGAAUAUAUCGUCAUGGAAAAGAUUCCUGGCGUCCAGCUCUCUGAAAUCUGGUGGAAUCUAAAACUUAAACAGAAGCUCAAGGUCUUUGCUCAGAUUGCGCGGUAUAUGAGAAGGUGGACGAGCGUGAAUUUUUCCCAGAUCGGAAGCCUAUAUUAUACCGAAAACAUACCCACGGCAUCCAAUGAACCUCUUUACUUCGAAAAUGGCCAUGCUACAUUUAAUCCCAGGUUCACUGUUGGCCCUAGCACCAAUCGUGAAUGGAGUGAUGCUGGUCGGGAUGGUCUAAAGUGCAACAGCGGCCCAUGGAGUUCUGUUGCCAAUUAUCGAAAGGCAGUUGGUGAUCGUGAGAUGAUGGCUGUAAAGACGAUUACACGGCUGCCAAAGCAAUUGGCAAUGCUCUACGGUCCAAACCCACUGUAUCAGCCCUCGGCUGAAAAGAAACUGGAAGCACUACAGUACUAUUCGCAGAUUCAAGACAUAUUACUACCCCGAGAACCUUCACUUAACACGGUACAUCUCUGGCAUAAUGAUCUACACGACGAGAAUAUAUUUGUUGAUCCGGACAGCCUCGAAGUACAAGGAAUCAUUGACUGGCAAUCCACACAUAUUGCACCCUUAGCCGACCAUUGCCUAGACCCUUCAUUCCUUGGAUAUGAAGGCCCCGAUGUGGGUGAUAAUCUGGAAAAGCCUGAGCUCACCGAUGCAAUCAAGGCUCUCAAGGGUGAAGAGAGGGAGACAGCGGUAGCAGAGUAUCUCGACAAGUCAGCGGCUGGUAACCUCCUCCAUCUUUCCCGUCGAAUAUUUGAAGCUGGAGAACCACACUUUCUUGCCCUGUUGCUAGAUCUACGAGAUGAAUGGACGAAUUCAGGAACGUCAUUAUUCCCACUUAAGUUCACUGACAAAGAGGUCGAUUCCAUUGAAGCUGAUGUGGAACGAGCAGAGCUGGGUGUUCGGACUAUGAAGCUAAUAGAGCGACGACUCGGAAACUUGUGGCCGGAGAAAGGCGUGGUGGAGCAUGAAAACUACGAAGCAGCGAAAGCAGCACUUCGACAAGUGAAAAGCGAGAUCAUCGAUGAAUUCAAGACAUAUCCUGGCUGGAAUUCCGAAGUGUUUGAAUCGCUCUGGCCAUUUGACCAGUAA